AUGAUGUCGGGGAAUUACGAUUACCCUCGUGCUUCUUCCUCUUCGUCCCGCCGCACAUCCCGUACUACCAGGCCUGACGAACGCCCAGAGAUCCUCCGUCUCCAGCAUCUCCGCAAUUUCGUAUCGGAACGAAACCGCUCCGGUGCCCAUAAUACCUACAACACCGCCCUUGCCUUGGAAACAUUAAACCGAGAAGUUGCUGAGCAUUCUCUGGACCGAUCUCGUGGUCGUACCAACUCUGAGCAAGUCCGGGCCGACGUCGAUCACCAGAUCCAACAACUGCACUCCGAGACAGCUGGCACCGCAGAGCGAAUUCGGAGCAUUUGGCGUGACCAGUUUCGCUCAGAACGAGCUCGAACUUCGCUCUCACCGGAGACAAAUUCCCUUCGCCAUCGUUUGCCCUGGCAAACGCUCAGACCAUCGAGCCCGAACGGAUCUUUAUCCAGAUCACCGUCCCUCAUGCCACCAUCUGGCCAGUCGGGCCGUGAUGGCCAAGGACGGAUGAAGCGUCGGAAGCUGGACACCGACGAUAACCGCGAGGAAUUCCAGGGCUUCAACUACGGUCAAUAUGGACAAGUGGUGCCGGGAAUGCUGCAAAUGGAAAUCGCCAGCUGCGACGGAGGAAGCUACGAUCCGGACAGCGGGUAUUCGCGCCCGGAGAACGUUUUGGAAAAUAAUACAAGUGUCUACUCUACCAAAGAGGCCCGGUGCAACUUGGUCCUCUGUCAUCGAGGGGAGGCCCCAUUCUGUUUGAAGAAGAUCGUUAUCAGAGCCCCUCAAUGCGGGUUCGAUGCUCCAAUACAAGAAGGCAUGGUCUUCGUCGCCAUGACCUCUGAUGAACUGCUUGCCCGCACCGCCCAAUACCAGAUUCAAUACUCCGGCGGCCGAUACCGGCGCAGUGGCCGCCGCAGUGGCAUGCAACCAUCCCAAGAAUACCUCACUGGGUUCCGACCGCCACUCCAAAACCUCGAACGCACAGUCCUCAUGAGCCCACAUUCAGCCGCGGUUCCGCAUACCGCAGAAGACCCGCAAGCGCAGUUCCGCAUCACCACCGAGUACGACGAGAACAACGAGGAUUCUGGGGAUGACGGAGACUGGCGCUCUGCAUUGCUCGAGAGAACCCAGGCCGAACAGAUGGAAGAUCCGUUAUCGGACACCGACGAGAGUCCAAGCGAUGAGGAGGACCCUCCAAGCAGGAAUCAGCGUCGCCGACAAGUUGAACCAGAACGGCUGAGUGCUCUCAAUCGUAUCAGCGAACCGAGACUGCGCCAUACCCCAAGUCUCGUGCAUCCAAACCCCCUGGCCGAGCCUACUCACCUAACUGCCGAAGUUUUGAAGCCACAUGCACGUUUCUUUAUCGAGCGAGAGAAGAGCAUGGUUACCAUCAAAUUUGAUCCGCCUCCAUCUGGUCGGUUCAUUCUCAUUAAGCUGUGGAGCCCGCGAGCCCACGGGAAUAUUGAUAUCGAAAGCAUCAUCGCCCAUGGGUAUGCUGGUCCGCGGUUCUUCCCAAGUAUCGCUGCUCGCUAG